CCUUGAUUAUCUUUUAUACAGUUUUUCUUCGUUUUCUUCAAGUUAUAUAAACAUGAUAGGUUAGAGUGUUGAGAAAAAAUCAAUAUACUUUUUUACCCCGUUUACUCUGUUGUUCCAAAAAUGUCCGUUGCGUAUUUUAGUCAUACCCGAUGAAUUGUGGGUAACUUCUGUACAUGUCUGGGAAAACCAACUUUCAUUUUUGCAUCAAAAGCUGAUGUGAAAAUGCAUUUUCUCGCAUAAUUGUUGUUAGAGGGUUGGUUAAAGUGUGCCUGAUUACAGAAUUAAUUGUGCCGCAGUUAGUUGUUUGCAGAGAAGCCUUGAAAAGUGUGUAUUGCCCACUUUACAGUGAAAAAUAGAUUGAACUGGACGAAAAUGAUAAACGGCUGGAAAAUUGCCAGGGGCCAGAAACUGCUAGGAAACCAGUAGGCCUACCGAAAUCAAGUUGAUUGAUUUCGGUAUUGUAACCUACCGAUGUUUUGUAGUUUGGAACAAAUUGCUUUGGAACAAAUUGCUUGUAUACCUACCACUUUUAAUGUGGAGUGAUACCAUAGGCAGCGCAAAUUAGGAAGAGCUGUUAAUGGAAUAAAACUAUGGCUUAUCAUUGUAAUAUUAUUGCUGAUGGUGAUUCAUCGGAACAGUUUGAAAUUUUAUCAUUCGUUCAUUUUUUAGAAAGACAAAUAAAUGGAUGGGGUUAUAAAUGUUAUAUCCCAGACAGAGACUUUCUAUCAAGAAUGUCAUUUUUUGAACAACAUAUGAAAAUGCAUUCAGAGAAUAAAGUAACUUUUGUAGCUAUAACAUCAACGAAUAUUAGCGAAAACUUUAAAUACAUGAUUCAAAUGUUAUUUAAUUACCAACCCUACUCAUCUCAUUCAGACAUAAAAAGGCCUACACUUGUACCGGUGUAUUUAAAUAUUGACCAUUCGAAUCACCCAGUUUUAGAUGUGAUUAAAGGUGUCAGAAUAUAUGGAUCAAGGAUAGACGAGUGGCAGGACUCAUUUUUAAAUAGCAGAGCUUUUCUUCAACUGAGAGACGUUCUGAAGAUGUACCAUCCCCUAGGUCCGGCAACAUUUAGAAUGGUUUCCAAUAACGGUCCUCCACUGCCAAUGCCAAUGCAGUCACCGACUGAUCACAUGGUACAACAAAUUGUAGACGAGAAUGGAAUUUUAACACAUGUGAUACUGUCGCCUCAACCACCUGGCAUGAUGGGAAGUCCAAUGACGGGCGGACCAAACAAUGCCCCACAGUAUUACCCUCCCUAUGGCGGUCAUUACUACAGUCAUGCACAAUACCCAUCACCACACCAUCACAGUGGGGCUCCGGCCCCGGGGGCACGGGGAGCCCAACCACACAUGCAUCAUCAACAUGGCACUCCACCACCACAACCCUAUAAUAACCAUGGUCCAGUUCAUCCACUAGCUGGCCAAGGUGGAAACUUUGGAACUGGUUCACCUGUUGCAGUGGCAAAGAUUUUUCCACCACUGUCAAGCACAUUGCGAAAGCAACUUGCUAAAAUCUUUGGUACAUGGCCAAAAGGUAGUCCUGCAAUAUCGGACAACAUCAAGUUUCUUUGUUUAUCUGUAACCAAAUUGUAUAAAUGUUUGUCAAAUGAUGUUAAUUCUGGCAUCCACACCUUCUAG